AUGGAAGAAGAGAAUCAAUAUUCUGAAAGUAGUGAAAAACCACAGACACAGGAACCGGAUGGAGGAGAUCAUCAGUUGCAGCAUCAAUACCAACUACCUGGAGCUGAAGAGAAACUAGUAUUGCAAUUUAUGGAUUCGAUGCAUAACUACCUAUCUCUCUUGGAUAGAGUAUCCUCCACACUUCGACAGGGAUGGUUUGACUUAGCAAGUGCUCGACAUUCCAUGGGUGCUGCUCGAAUUAAUAGUUCUUUAUUGGACCUGAAAUUCCAUUCAGCUGCUACAACAUUGAAGAUAACAAACUAUGAUGGUACACAACCACACUUCAUUUUGCGUAAAUGGGUAUCCUCUGAAGAAGAAAGUACUCAUGAGAUAGAAGAUGAGAAUCUGCAGCCACAAAACAGUAGUAGUAUGAAAUCUUCAGGACUUGCAGAUAAUGCUGAAACAAACGGGCACAUGAAGCAAACUGAAACGAUACAGAAAACAAGAAAGGACACUCCCUACGUCAACUAA